AUGCAACCAGUACACCCUUGGAAGUGUUUUGCAUGCCGCAGACAUUUCAGAUUCAAGGUCCACUUCUUGAAACACAAAAGCUUGAAUGAUUGUCUGCAAUGCAGAAUUUGCCAUCAGUUUGACCUGCUAGAAGAAUUAAAUUGUCACUAUAAGACGUGUCAUAAACUUAAGCAUACCUUCCGCAAGUGCUCUUACAAGACAGAUACAGAGAACUGUUUGAUUCAACACAUAAUAUCGGAACACAAUAUUACUGACAUUUUCCCUUGUGACAUCUACUCCAAGAAGUUCAAGAGAUGGGAUGUUCUUAAGAGACAUAUGGAAACCACCCACACUAAGAUAAAAUGCGACAAUGACCCGCUAGAAGAUCCUCUGUACAUUCCGUAUUAUAAAAAUUUUAUUGGCACAUCUAUUGAUUCCCCGAUCGUAACGGAUGCUGAUGACUCGAAAUAUAAAAUCGAAAUUAUUGAGAAUUUUAAUCUGCAGGAAGAAUUGAAUCGCGAUAUAAAGAAAGACCAUGAACUAUCCGAUAAUUCCUACGACAAUGUGCUACCUCGUGAAUCGAUUCAGAACGUAUCGCUUUCCGAAAAUAGUAAUACUUCGGUUACGGAUCGUCCGGAAGCCUAUGAUGUCAACUCAGGGGUGAUCGCCAGGGUGGAAUCAGAGUCCUUUUCGGAGUGUACUGCAUGCCACAAACGUUUCAAAUACAAGACCGACUUUGAGAAACAUAGGAACUUGAAUUAUUGUCUGCAAUGCCAUAUUUGCUAUCAGAAGUUUGACUUGUUAGAAGAAUUCAAUCUUCACAUUAAGACGCAUCGUAAAUUUAUGAGCUACGAUUGCUACGUGUGUUCCUACAAGACAGAUACGGUGAAGUAUUUGACUGAACACAUGAAAUCGGAACAGAACACCACCGAUAUAUGCAAAUGUGUCAUAUGCACUAAAACAUUUAAACGAUUGCGUAGUCUUAAGAAACAUAAAGAAACAGUGCACGCGGAUAACACACAGUCGAUAAUGCGACAAGUGUGGUGGCAUCUUUAA